AUGUCUGUUUACCUCUCGAAUGUGACACUUGCACGCGCCACAGUCGAUCAAGCGGCCAGCGCUCUUCUGGAUAUCAACGAAGAGAUAGUUGUAAAGAUAUAUCAGUCUCCUAGCUGUUCACUACGGGCCCAAGCAGUGGUUGGCGAUGACUUCCAUGCAGCACAAGAACUAUCGCGUUUGAACGCAAACCCGACCUCUGCAACUAUGAUCAAAUUGCAUGUGUAUGCAUUUAAUUUAUUCCAGAUGAUAAGCCUACAUUCGGAAUAUGCUUACUGGACUGAUCGUCAAAGACGAAUGGUUCGUUACACGACGGUCUCCACCGCCCUUGUCGCUCGCAGUGGUCAGCCAUCUCGCAUAGGACGAGCAGUUGUCCAAUGGUGCGCCGAAUACGAAGUCGCUAUCAUCUUCGAAGUGUUUGAAUACAGUAUCUCGUACGCGUUUGACUUGCCAUGCGAUGAAUGCUAG